GAUCGCACGCGCAGUAUAAUUUUGCUAUCGCAUUUUUUAAUAGAUAUCAGUGAAGUGAAAUCUACUUACAGGUACAGCUGUAUUAAAUAAUUAUCUACAAAAACAACAAAUUAGUAAACAACACGAAGAUACAAUGACUAUAGACUCAGAUAGACGUCAAACUAGUUUUCCUCAGCUAAAAUACCCGCCAUUAAGAGAUGACAUACCAAAAAUAUCACAACGAUGGUUAGUAGGCAAACAAAUGCACGAUGGCGCAGAAAAUCUGUGGAGAAUUUACGACGAUCUUUAUGAUUUCACUGACUUUAUUGAUAAACAUCCUGGCGGAUCACAAUGGAUAUCACACACAAAGGGCACAGAUAUUACAGAACAAUUUGAAACGCAUCACCUAAAAGGGGUAGCAGAGAAAAUGCUCCAAAAAUAUUUUAUAAAGAAAGCAACAACACCAAGGAACUCUCCGUUUAUAUUUGAAGAAAACGGAUUUUACAAGACUCUCAAAGCAAAAGUUAUGGAAAAAAUUAAGGAUAUACCAAAGAAUACAAGGAAACAAAGUGAUAUUGUGACCGACUUAUUACUUGCAGCGUGUAUAACUCUAAGUCCAUUGAGCUGCUGGGCAUGGACACAAAGUUACUUGUUGGGUACGGCGUUGACAAUACUCAACGGUUUUACAUUAAGCAGUGUCAUUACUUGUGCUCAUAACUAUUUUCAUCGAGCUGAUAGUUGGCGUAUGUACUUGUUCAACAUGGGCGGACCGUCAUACAAAGAAUGGCGUAUCUCUCAUGCAAUGUCACACCAUAUGCAUACAAAUACACUUCAAGAUAUAGAACUAACACUACUGGAACCGUUUCUUACAUUUAUGCCAUACGAAGAUAAAUCGUUCUGGAAUCAAUUAGGAGCAUUUUACUGGCCAGCCAUAUAUCCAUUUUCGCAAAUUGCGUUGAUGAUCACAGAAUUUGUGACAUCUUUAAGAGAACUUGAAGGUAAACAUAUAGAUUGGGCGCAUAUUAUACCAUUGAUGCUACCAACAUGGAUGUGGUUAGCAUCCGGAGCACCCUUUACAUCAGUGUUACCCAUCUGGGUUGCUACAUUAAUGAUUAGUAGCUUUUACUUCACAGUAUAUGGUUUAACAGCUGGACAUCAUGCACACACUAACUUCUUUGAUGGAGAUAUACCCAGAUCAAAAACUCUAGAUUGGGGAAUUCAUCAAUUAGACACUGUUAUUGAUAAUGAUGAUCAUAAAAGUCAUUUUACAUCACUCACUCGAUUCGGAAAUCAUGCUCUUCACCAUUUGUUUCCAACAUUGGACCACGCCGAACUUAUAUACCUCUAUCCCACGUUAUUUGAACAUUGCGAAAAAUUCAAAUUGGAACUACGCAAAAAUUCAUUUUAUGAGGCACUAAUAAGUCACUCUAAACAAUUAUGGAGAAAACAACCGAACAAUAUGAAAAUUAGAAUUACGGAUGCAAACAGCAACACGGUGUCUGUUAAAUAG